UGUGUGUGUGUGUGUGUGUGUGUGUGUGUGUGUGUGUGUGUGUGUGUGUGUGUGUGUGCGUGCGUGUGAGAGACCAUGUGCAGAGCGGGCUGUGUGCAGGUUAAAUGAGGAGAGGAGAUACGCCUGCGAUAUUUUAUUCUUUCUGUUGGCAUUCGUAAAUCAGUGAGCGUGCAGGCUUUGUCUUCCAGUGCAGCUGUAAUCGGAGGAGGUACUUGUGCUUCAGAUGUGAUGUCAUUACAGUGUUGAUAUGGUGUUGCUGAGGUGGGGUUGUUGCCACUGAGCGAUGCAUCGCUCAGGCUGUAGCGGCUGGUGUGUUUUGCCGAUCAGGGAACUCUCGGCGAGGCGGGGGCUACGGCGCUCCGAUGCUGCAGGCGCUGCUCAAUGUGGGUCAGGAGAAGCAGCACUCUGUCUUCUCCCCGUUCCCUAUUCUCUCUCCCUCUUUUUUUCAUCCCUAAUCUUCUUUCUUUUCCAAAGCCCCCCACCACCACCACCACCACCACCCCUUUUACUCCCUUUCCUCCUUCAACACAGUUCUGUCAUCUUGCAUAUCUCCCACUCCGCCUCCCCUACGCUCUCCUCUUUCUGUUUCUCUCCAACCCCGCUGCUCCCCUCCUUUGUUACAUCUGGUGGAUCUACCGGUCUCUGCGGUCGUAUGGACGGAUUGCCCGUUUUUUGUUCCCCCCCCGUUGCAUUUGGAUGCGGUGACCUUGUCAAAGCCAUCGAUGGAUGUAGAUGCACCUAAUAGAAACUGAGCAAGGUCGCAUUCUGUGUUUUUUUCCCCUCUGUCUUUAUGUAACAUGUCUGCUGCUGCCCGCUGUAGUGAACCUCCUCUCUCCUUUGUGAAAAUACAGUUUAGACUUGCUUCUCUGGAUGGAAUGUAGGGGGAGAAAAGUGAAUGGAUGGUGUCAUACACUCCAUCUCUGUGGUGCCUCUGGCUAAUGAACAACUCAGAGUCCCGUGCAUUGACCCACAGAUAAGCCUGCAGGAUAGAGCAGUCAAUCAGAAAAAGAAACUCAGGAGAAAAAAAAAAGAAACCAAUGGAAAGUCCAAGGCUGUAUGUUAAUAUUGUUGAAUUAAUGGAUGCACAGCAUAUUGUACGUGUUUACUUGUGUGUUUUAGAGAUACUGUAUGUGAGCAUGCAUACCUGUAAAUCUGCAGUAUAUGGACUAAAGGAGCCAUGCAGUCAAACAUUAAUAAGCAGCUACAGUAGCUGCUCCUGUGGCUUGUUGACAUGUUAGGUUCAUUUCCCCAACCCAUACUCUAUGCAUCACAAUUUCCAGUAACCUCCCUCAUGGUUUGUUGUCCACUGUGUAUUUCCUUGAACUUGGAGACACCGCUCAAACGGGGUACGGGCGAAAGCCUUUAUAAAGUAUUUUCAUGCUCUUCAGUGAUAGUUGUGCUUCUUGCAGAAUGUUCCAUAAUCAAAUUGCAAGCCAUAUUGUUUUCACUUCAUUUUUUUUGAUGUGCCCAUUGACCCAGAGUUCCUGUCUGGAGGUGGAUGUUAUAUUUAUAGUAGCCCCACUGACUCAACACGAGGCCUGGGAGUGUUAAAACAAAGACUGUGAGGCUGUUACUCUGCACUGUUAUCCUUUCAUUCUGCUCUGCUCUCCGUGCCCGAGAGCGAGAUAACAGCCAACAGCAACGCACACACACUUGCCCUGCACGCACACACCCAGACACACAAACACCGCAUCCCAGGAAACUCCUGCCUGGUGUUGAAAACAUGAAAGAGUCUUUUUCCUCAUGAUGUAAAUGAUGACACACAGAGCACUGUACUUUCCUGUGUGUCAUACGUCAUUACUCAUGGAAAUGUUUGGUGCGUUUUGACAGAUUAGUCCAUGUAGAUCCUUGGAGAUUCAUCUUUAGAAGUUGCUCAUGGAGAAACAAACACAGAGAAUCUACUACAUGUUGUUGCUGAAGUGCAUUAGAAAAACACACAUUGGAUGCAGUAGUUAUACCAGGUACCACCUUGUGGCAAAAACAAGAACACCACGAAAAUCAGGGACAUUUUUAAGAGUGACGUAUUUUUGUUUUUGUAUUGCUGUUUUGAAUUUGGAUCUGCAGUGGAAUUAGUCUAAUGGGAUUGAAUUCAAUUUUAAACCAAAUCAAGUUAAAUCAAAUUCUUGUAUAAAGCAUGACUAGAGAGGAGGAUGUUAAAAUGUUUGAGCAUAUCAACAGGACUUUGUUUAAUUGCACAUGACCUGAGUGUCUGAUUUAAGCUUCUCUCCGUCAUCAGAUUACUGCCGGCAUCGUGGAAGAGGUGGACCGGUCCGAGAUGAUUCCCCAUGAAGUCUAUGGAGCUCAUUUUCUGAGCUGGAGUGACUCUCUCAUCUUCUCUGCUCUGAGUCCUGGAGCUGUCUACUAGUGAAAUCAAAGAGAGUCAGAGCCGCACAGUGCACAGAGAGGCCAGCUCGUGCACACAACCACUGAGGCGAGGUGAGAGAGAGAGAGUUGUCUCAGUGGAGCUUAGAAAAUAGUGCAGGGGAAUAUUAAAACCACUGUGGCACAAUGAAAUCUAACCAAGAGCGGAGUAACGGAUGCCUGCCACCUAAGAAGCGUGAGAUCCUGGCUCUGGAGCAGCGGACAGUGGUAGUAGCCACAGCUACACCCCCAGCCGCGGUGGUGACUGAUCACAGUCCCCACACAGAGAACUUGGCGUGGCUGGCAAGUGUAGCCAGUGAACGCUGCAAAUCUAGGGAUGCUGAAAGCCCAAGAUGUCUCAUCACCUCCUCUUCUCCUUCCACGUCUGCACCUUCCUCUGCCACCCCUCUGUCUGCAUUGCCCCUGGCCUCUCUGCCUGCAGUUUACUCCACAGCCCUUCCCCAGCAGGCCGGGUCCAUCCAGUUUGCUCAGCUGGGACCCAACGUUCAGUUCAUCAGCUCUGGGCCUUAUGCCGGCUACAUCUCCUCUCACAUCAUCUCAACAAACGCUAGCUCUGUGCCUCACAGCUCUGCCAUGGUAGGGCAGCGUCCGCAGCUGGAUGGUUACACCACUGCCCUCAUCUCCCCCAACACCAAAGGGGAGCAGCAGUUUCAAAUAGGCCUCUCCCCCACAGAACUGGCACCUGUGUCGCUACCGAGCUCUCCCCACGUCACCAGCCAGUACAUCCAUCUGGACGGCAGAACUCCUCUGACUGUCAGCGGAAACGCUGUCACUUCAAACACAGCCCACCUCCAGCUCCACCCUCACACAGCCGUCCUCCCUCAAACACUUACCCUCACUCCUUCCCAGUUGGUGGUUCAGUAUGCAGAUGGCACAGUUGGAAAGAAGCCAGAGGGGCAUGCUAAGGGGCUACUGAAUGGGGAAUUCGAGGUGGUCAAACAGGCAAAAGCCCACAGUCAUCCAACAAACCAUCAGCAGGUCCAGAGCUAUGAGGCCAGACAUAUCCUUUUGCCUGCAGACUAUGGCCAAAACGCUGCAGGACUCCAGACCUCCUUGGUGCUGGUGGCCCAGCCCAACCACGGAGAGGAACAUGAGGCUGCCUCAAAUAAGAUCUCCUUAGUUCAGACUGAGAAAGGAGGCAUCUGCUUGGGGAAACCAGUGUCCAGAUCAUCCUCUUUCACCUCCCUCUCUUCCUCAGAGAUGGUGAAGUCUGUUGCUCCUCACACAGUCAUCCAGACCACUCUGCCCCACGAGGACCUGCCAGCCAAUCUCUAUUCCUCCACACAACCUCCCAUCAUUGGCUAUAUCACCAGUACAAACCAGCAUGCUGUCAGCUACCAUGCAGCACUGCCCCAGCAUUUGGUGAUCCCAAGUGGCCAGUCCCUCUUCAUCCCAGUCAGUGGCACCAAUAACGGCACAGAAAUAGAGGUUAGUCAUACUGUCAGUGCCCUGACCGCGACCACAACCCCUCAAAUAUCCACCGCCAUGCCGCAUGCAUAUUUGGCCACAGCCCUGUCCAAGUGUGAGGCACUUGGGCCAGAUGGAAAUCAACCAUCCCCUGCUGUUGCACCGGCUCCAGUGCUGCCAGUCCUGCCCUCACACCCGGCACCUGCAGUGGUGACAGGUCCCUCCCCAGCUCCUGCUCGGGUCCCAGCCCCAGCCCCCGUUUCCAUCCAAGCCUCCCCCUCCAUUUCCUCCUCCUCUUCCCCUGUGGCACUUCCUCCAUUCUUCAUGCGAGGCUCCAUCAUCCAGCUGGCUGAUGGGGAGCUGAAGCGCGUGGAGGACCUCAAGACAGAGGACUUCAUCCAGAGUGCCGAGAUUAGCAGUGAGCUGAAGAUCGACUCCAGCACUGUUGAGCGUAUUGACAGUGGGCAAACUCCCAAUGCUGUGGUCAUACAGUUUUCUGUGGGAGAGCUUAAAGCUCAGGUGUGUGUAGAGGUGCUGGUGGAGUACCCCUUCUUUGUAUUUGGUCAGGGCUGGUCGUCCUGCUGCCCAGACCGGACCACCCAGCUGUUUGAGUUGUCCUGCGCGAAGCUGUGUGUGGGCGAUGUGUGUGUGUCGCUGACCCUCCGCAGCUUGAGGAAUGGUUCGGCAGCAGACGGCCAGGCUUUGGGGGCCAAGCUGAAGACGAGUCACCUCCCUUACUCCUGCCUCAGUGUGGAUGCCACUGUCAGAAACAGUAUGAGUUCAAACGCUGCGGGCGGUAACAGUGGUCUCCUGAUGAAGGCGUCUAAUGCAGAUCGGCUGGAGAGGAAACAGGUAGCUGGAUCAGGACCAGGACUAGAGCUACCACCAGGACUGGGACUAGUUCCAGGACCAGCAGAGGGGCUCUACGGAGCGAGACCGAUGCUGACAGUCUCAGGGACUGGAGAAGUAAGACAGGAAUCCAUGAACACUGACAUGCCUGCUCUCAUGAAAAUACAAUGUGGUGAUCCAGAGAGACCCUCAUCCCGCAAGAGACGCUGGUCAGCUCCGGAGAGAGACCAGACUGAGAGAGCCGAGGACGAGCCUCCUCUGACUCUGCCCAAACCCUCUUUCGUCCCUCAGGAGGUUAAAAUCAGCAUCGAGGGCCACUCCAGUACCGGGAGUGGAAGGUUCUUGAACAAGAGAGUAGACUGUUGAGAGAAUUUUAAAUACCUGUGGUUUGCUUUGUGUUUAUACCCCCUCUUCGCUCUAUCCAGAUUACUGUAAUAUAGACAGUGUUUACACAGUAUUUACAUGUUUUCUUUCACAUAAAUCUGAUAUCUACAAUGAAGUACAGUAGAGCACCUUCAUAAGAGGUAUCACACAUGAGAUCAGUGCAAUCAAUGCUGAAAGCAAAAAAUGAAUGCAGCGUGAAUGUUGAGAAUGAAUGGCGGUCACCUGAGAGACAUUUCACUCAAACCCGUUGAAUGCAGUCCAGUUAAUCUCUUGUUAUAUCACAUGAACGAGCACAGUCUCCGAUGUCAGCUUCUAGAGAGUGGGUUAUCAUAUUUCGACUGUCAAUUCUGUUUUUUCGCUGUUCAUUUGGUUUUUAGUGAUGUUUAUGAGUCAUAGAGAAACCUGUGGCAUUUCAGUAACAAUGCUUAAUCGUCACGGCUGUGUGAUUUUUUGCUGCCUUUGUGUAUCUGGUGAGGUUUGGAGUUUUAUUUCAUCAUUUUAUUUUUCCUUUUCAUACCGUUACAGAUGUGUGCUACCGCUGUUGGUUUGCGUCACGUGUCUCCAUAAGUAUGUGCCUGUGUAUUGGUUUGUGUGUUUUUUUUCUUUGUGGCUGUUAAACAGAGCAUAGGAGUCAGAUGUGUGUGUGUGUGUGUGUGUGUGUGUGUGUGUGUGUGUGUGUGUGUGUGUGUGUGUGUGUGUGUGUGUGUGUGUGUGUGUGUGUGUGUGUGUGUGUGUGUGUGUGUGUGUGUGUGUGUGUGUGUGUUGUAGCUGUGUGCUCAGUUGUCGGUGCAGCCUGCAAAUGCAGAAACGGAAAAGGCCUGAAUGUAAACCACUGAAUUUGUCCACAAUACCGACUCAUGAAGUCAUGCAUGUGCUGUUGGAGAGUUUGAUACAGAUGCUUUUGCGAUACGUGGGUGACAUCAGGUGGACAUGAGCACAUUCCUCAGACUAAGUUCCUUUCUCAACCAUUACCUCGACAAUUUCCUACUUCCUGGUAAUUCUGGUAAUACUGGUAAUUCCCUUUCAAGGACAACAUGUGUUUGUCUUUUUUUUAAUACCCUUGCUGCUCUGUGCAGCAUUUCAAAUAUGUACAAAAAGGGAAAAAUGUCCAAUACCUCUGAAAGAGUUUUUAGCCAAUCUUUGUGUGAGCCCUCAUACUGCAAAAAUACCAUGGUUGCUACUCAAAUGAAUGAAAAACUUCUUUUGUCCAUUGCGGCCAGUGCAGCAAACUAGUAAAACUAGCAUUGACAUAGGAUCAACUUUUCAAAUUUGAAGACAAGCAGACAUGGAGCAACAUUAACAUUCAUUCGGAGCAGGUUCCAACGACGUCCAGCUCAUCUCACCUUCAGCUCCUGAGGGAAAUAUCUGAAGUUCGUAAAUUCUCCAUCAUCCACAGAGCUACCUGACCCAUUGACGGCAUCAAAAUAUUGAGCGACUUUAAAUGCAAACACACCAUAAGAAAAGCACGACACAAUAAUGACACAUUGACAGAAGAGCUGUACCUUCCCAGUCUACUGAUGUAUCCUUUUGAUUUCUUUACAGAAACUAUGGCCUUAGAUACAGUAUAUAAUGUACUUAUAGUUCACAGCAGCACAAGUUCUUUAGGGUUUUUGCAAUUAAAACCUAUUUUUCCUCAAUGACGGUAUGCCUUUCUCAAGUCCAUACCUUGGUGUAUCAGAGAACUGCUGUUUGGAAUAAACGGCAGUUCUUUGGGUCAGUAGAUUUGUUUCUCAGAGUAGAGCCAAAAUAAAUAUAUCCUACAGUUCAUACUCAG